AUGAUUAUUGACCACGAGCGUCGUGCUAUUGACUUCAGCGACAAUACCACAUUUGUGCUGGACUCUAAUGUCUUACAGCGUCUACGCGAUGCGAUAUGCAGCAAUGACUUUUACUGCAAUUUAGUCUUUGAUCAUAAUACCUUUACAGAUGAUGCCAUUGGGAUUCUUGCUGCUAUUCUUAAGGGUUCCAAUCCCAUUGAGUCACUUAGUCUUCGUUCGUGCAGUUUGAAGGAUCUGGACAUCAUACAUCUUGCACACGCCAUUUGCACGAGAAAGUGUUUGGUUCAUUUAGAUCUUUCAAAGAACCCCGGUAUCACAAGUGCCUCCUCACCGGAAAUUGGUCGAAUUAUUCAGGGCGUUCCUACAAUUAAAUCGAUACAUCUCGUCGGUACAGGAAUACUAGAGAAAAACUCCUCGCAUUUAAUUUCGGCAUUGGAAGGAUGCUUUUCUUUACAAGUGCUGGAGCUGCCAUUUUCUGUUGGGUACAGGGUGCUCGACAGGACUCGAGAACUGCUUAAAAAGAAUAAAACGUUGAGUGAUGUCAGUGAUGGUUUACCCGAAAAGGCAGGUCGGAUACUGAUGAGCCAAGAUAGUAGCGAAGUGGGGUUCUUUCGCCAAAUUCGGUCACACGCACGAUCACUUAAACCACAAAUUAUUCCUUCCUUAGCUACAUCAGAUACGGAGAGUAAACGUGCUUCUAAUGGGUACCUGGCAUCUUUUCCUCAUUUGCAACAAUGGGUCGAUCCAGCUCUCAUGAAUGCAGCAAUGUAUAUAAAAGUUCUCGACAAGCGUUGCAAUAUGCUGGACGAACACUUAAGCGAGAAGCGCAACCGAAUUCUCGCUAGACGCGGUCAGACGCGGUAG